ACUCGAAGGUCAUUAAUGAAGUGUGGUCAAGCAUCAUAGUAACCUAAAGCUCUACGUUAUUUGUUAUUUUGCUGGUUUCACUGAGAACUGUUUUGUUGCAUUGUUCGCUGUCAAUGUUAUAAAAAUGGACGACACGGUUGGUCCCGCAGCCUAUGUCCUUUUUGAUGAACUAUACACCAAAGAAAAGGUUUUUCGCUCCAUAAUUACCAGCAACAAAACUCUAAAUAUUCGUCUACUGGGCAGAUUUUCUGCAUUCAAAGCUGAUAGCAAUCUGGUUGAACUGUUGUCCCCAUUUCAAGGUGGUGCUAUUCCUUGCGUUAUCGUCAAUGUAAAAUAUCUAACUGAAAACCAGAAACAAUGUUUUUCAAGUCAGACAGCUAAUGAACGCUUGAUACAAUUUAUUGGGGAGUUAAGUAUAUCAGAUGAUAAAAAACACUAUCACCUUACAGCGUUUUCAUUUACCUUUAUGGAUGGUGUGAGUUUGGAUUUAUAUAGAACUGUAACAAAGAUAACUCGAAGUUAUAUUGCCUACUUACCGUCUUUGUGAUUUAUUUUGAAGCUUUUUUGUGUAUAUACUGCAGUUAUUCCUGUUUUUCCUAUGUGGUAAUUCAAUGAUUUGUUGAAACAAUGAAUAGAUUGUGAGUAAAAAAUUAUGUCAUUUUUCUACAUAUUUAUUUGUGAUUGUAUUCGGAAAUCUUCAGAUUGAUCAUAUGGUUUUAAGAGUAAAUGUAAAAUAACGCGAAUUGGUUGGUUUUCGAGUACAGAUAUCUCACUGGAAAUUUCUUAAAAAGUUCAAUUGUACUAAACGAGAUACUUUUGAGUACAUAUGGAUUUACUCUUUAUCUUACUUUAGGUCUUGAGUUCC